AUGUCAGAUAUGCAAAAUACAACAGAAGAAGAGGCGUUAUGUGAGACAAAGUUACAUAUAAAAUUGACAGAUAAAGGAAUAUUCAUCUACGGUGGAUGGAGUAGUGAUAGAUUACUCAAUUUACUAAAGGACAAAUUCUUGCGACGUAACAAUAUUAAAUUGUAUGAUGCACAAUACGAUGUGUCAAGCGAUGAAUCAUUACAUUUUAUUAUCCAUAGUGGAAUGUAUAAUGAAUGUAUUUUACUAAAACUAGAAGAAAAAGGCAUGUCACCACAAAGUAUUGUGAAAGCAAUGAAGUAUGGUCUCCUCAGACUCACUUCUGAGGAACUGAAAUAUUUCCAAGACUUUGGAGUAGAAAUAAACGCAGAUACAUGGAUGAAAAAACUUGACGAUAAAUUUAUUUGGAAUCUGGCUGCCAUUGGAUUAACUGAAGAUCAAUGUUGGAUUAUUGUUACAUGUGGACUGAUGUCUCAAGAUAAAAAUAUAUUGUAUCGGCUUUUAUCGAGUGGCAUUGAUGUUCCAGGAAUUUUAAACUGGCAGGGAAAAGUUAAGCCAGUUUCACCAACAAUAAUCCGUUUUCUGAAAAAGCUUGGGAUCGAUGAAGACACUUGUAAUUAUAUAAAAGAGAAUGGUAUUGAUGAUGAGGCUGAAGAUAUUCUAAUUGAUCUUGGAUACAAUGAAUAUAAGAAAAAGGAAGCUUUGGAAGUAACCGAGGAAAUAUUAUGUCACUGCGAUUUAACGAUAUUAGAAUCAUACUCUACUUUCCUAGAAGAAAAAUUCCCUGACACAAUAUCUGAUAACUCAUUGAAGUCAUCUUGUUCUUGUAGUUUAGAUGAAAUAAUAUUUUCAAAUAUUUUUGUCACAAGCAUGCAGUGCAAUUCUGCUUUGUGUCCUUGUUAUUUGAAUUUAUUGCCGAAAGAACGAGCUAGUAAAGCUCUGACAAGAAAUGAUUAUUUGAAACAAAAUGUGUUGGUGCCACUAUCAUGGGCGAUAAGCAGAGCUUUGAGAUAUUGUCCAUCAGAUCCUAUACAUUACAUAGCCCAUCAACUGCUACGUUGGAAGUAUGGAAAUGUCUCACAAGAGGAAGUACGUGAUGUUCAAAAAUUUAUCGCUUCUAAGACGCUACUGAUAGAUCAAAAGCUUAUGCAAGAACGUAAACGUGAAGGAGAAAACUUUAUUAGAUGCUCAAAUAAAACUGUAGUGAAAGAUAUUGCUUGUGUCGUAUGUUCAGACCAACAGAAAUUGUAUCGCAUUAAAGAACGUUAUUGGAAAUGUACAAAAAUGCCAAUGUGUGAUCGGCUUUUACAGCAAACAAAAAUUAAGUAUGCAAAAAAAGUGAUACACUGA